CAUAUAUAUAUAUGGUCCCGGACAGAGACCAGCUCAAACUUUAAUCUUGUUGUGGGGGUAGAAUUCCGAAGAACAAUGGGGUUUCCAUUGGCUUUGUUUUUGUGCACUUUGGGUUGCUUCUCUGCAAGUACUGCAAUUGACGGGAUCAGUGGAAUACUUGAUCUGCACUUUUAUAAAAAUAGUUGUCCUGAUGGUGAGAUGAUUGUCAGAGAGCACGUUACAAGUAGUAUGCUCACAGAUCCUUCCAGUGCUGCACCUCUUUUAAGACUGGCUUUCCAUGACUGUCAAGUUGAUGGUUGUGAUGGCUCAAUUCUUCUCAAGGAAUCAUCAAACAGCUUGGAAAUUGAAGCACAGUCUCAGAAGAAUUUUGGAAUAAGAAAGCUCGACAUCAUGAACAACAUAAAAAGUUCUCUUGAGGAAGUCUGUCCUCAAACUGUAUCUUGUGCUGAUAUUAUACAGUUGGCUGCAAGGGACUCUAUUAACCUGGCAGGAGGACCAUUUAUCGAGGUUUUAACUGGAAGAAGAGAUUCUGUUUCUGCAAGCAAGAAGAGAGCUGAAAAUCAGCUUCCGGCUUCUAACAUAUCGGUUAAUGAGUUUGCUAAGAUCUUCCAUGAAAAGAACAUUAAUCUACAAGAAGGAGUUGCAUUAAUUGGAGCUCAUACUCUAGGCAUAGGGCACUGCCGGAACUUUGAGGAGCGACUUAGGCCAGUAAGUGAUCCCACGUUGUCACCGACCUUCUCGUUGCUACUGCAAACAGUUUGCAGCGAUCCUUCUUUGUCCGAUGUUGCAUUUGCCCAAAAUGAUGCCACUGCAUUCAUCUUUGACAAUCACUACUUCAUUGAUAUCCAAAAUGGGAGAGGACUACUCAAGAUUGAUUCUGAGAUUGCUACAGAUCCAAGGACAAUGCCACACGUAAUUGCGUUUGGAAAGGACAUGCAGCAGUUCUUCCAUAUGUUUACAUCUGGGUUUCUGAAGCUCUCAAGCCACAAGGUUUUAGUUGGAGAAGGGGGAGAGAUUAGGAGGGAUUGUAGCGUCAAAAAUAGCUAGAUCUAGCCCUGGUACCUGAGUACUUAGCCCGAGAAUAGCCCAUCUAUUUGGUUUUCCUCGUCUUUUCCUUAUUUGUUUCUCCACUUUGUGAUAUCUUAUCAGAUAGCAAAGAAUGAUGUUCAAUGGUUCAAUACAGCAAAUUUUCUCCCCUUCAUUUUAAUUUUUACGGUACUGACUUAACUUACUUAACAAGGUAAAUUAAUCACGAAGAUCAUGCUGGUGUUAACGUUUUCAAACAUCAUUAACGCUGGACUCGACGUCAUGAAGGCCCAAUCCAAGAGAGUCAAACGGAUAUGAUCCAAACUCAGUUCAAUAACUCACGAACCAUCUGAUAGAAUAACCGUCUGCGAACGUCCCAAAGAAUGACAUACAAAUUGAAAGUCAAAAGUGAAAAUGGCAUAAUGCCAUUAACUCCAGAUAAACGUUUGAGCAAGAAAGUUCAUUAAAAAAAAAAAAAAAUGAUUACGAUUCAUUUUACUUAUUUAUAUCUUGUCGUGUCUUUUUUUUUUUUUCCCUUGUGCAAACUAAACUGUGGCCUAUAAUUCAGAGGGAUCAUGAAUGGAUAGGCUUAUCCAGCUCUCAUCCAAAUGGCAACACCUAAAUGAGGAUCCAUAUCCUCUCAAGAACACCCAGUUGGCCACGUGGCACGCCAACAUCCGUAAAAAAGAUCAAAAACCCCAAAAAUCCCUUCCCUCUGUCCAAACUGUACAGAGAAAAAAGCUAGUCAGUUAAUCUCUGAAGCAAAAGGCCAUGGCUUCUCUAGCAACUUUAGCUGCUGUUCAACCAGCCACCAUCAAAGGCCUUGGUGGCAGCUCCCUGACUGG